UUUCCUUGAAAAAUGAAAUAAAACACCGGUAUUUCCCGACAGUCUUGACAUUGCUCGGCAGUCCAGCUCAUGUGUGUUAAUAAACAUGUCACUUUAUCUCCUACAGUAAACCGCCGGAACAUAACGAGGUUCCACCUUCAUGACAACUUGAACACAUCGUUUGUAAUAAUGUCCGAUUAAACGGCUGGUUGGAGUGUACGUAUUUCCCGGUGUCAUCGGACUAGCGGUCCUAAAGUGCCGCGGAAUGUAGCCUUCCUAGGGAAUUUCCGUGGAAUCAUGGAUGUAUCGACAUGAAUUAUCGUGGUGCAUUUGAGUGAUCAUGUUAAUCUAUGCAAAAAUGCCAAAUUCUAACGGAAGCGAUUGCAAAUAAAGAGAACAAAUCACCCAAGUGGAACAGCCAACGAACGUGAAAACAAUGGAUGAAGAUAGACGACAAGCAUUAGGGGAUGGAUCAAACCAGUUCUAACAACCACCAGUCAGGAAACAUGGCCAGUGAUUUUUAUUCAUUUUCACCUGAGAACACGACAAAAAAGAAGACAAAGGCUGUCCGGAUCACGAUUUGUGCCCAGGUGACGGGUGUGGCCCUGUUUUGUUUGGGGUUGGUAGUGGGGCUUCUCAUAGGAAUAUACGGUUUUAAUGGCGUCAACAAAAACGAGAGCGGUCAUUCUAGUCCUACCCAGAGUAAAGUUGUUGGUCAGAAUGAGAAUAGACAGACAAAACCUGUAGAUACGCAUGAUCACACACAUAGUCACGGGUCACGGAAACCCCAAACUGUAUCUCCACCCACACCGGGCUCUCAUGGACACAGUCAUUCACCCGUUGAUUCUCAUGGUCACGAUCAUGGUUCACUUGAUUCUCAUGGUCACAGUCACGGUCCACUCGAUUCUCAUGGCCAUGGUCCAGUGGAUACGCAUGACCAUGGUCAUCAUCACCCGCAUCCGUCCUCGGAGAAUAUCCUGGACUCUCCAAACGUCGAAGCUACUCUGCCGAGCACGGACACUGGUCUCGGUAAAGAACCAGUAUCGGCACCGGAAGAUGAACUACACUGCACCCCGUGUAAGUGGACUCAUCCUGUAGACGAAGUAACCAAACCAGAACUCUUCUCACCAAUAAACUCGACUGAGAUGGUUAAAGCCCGAGACGCCCUAUACCGAGCUGGAAUAAUAACAGUAAAACCUGGCCAGGAGUUAGCAUUUAACGAGUCGUAUGUCCAAUCCAUGUACUUAUUUCCACCUGAAAAAGUGAAGGCACUAGCGUACCUAGAUCAUGACGGACCCUUUCCCGGUCGCUAUGUUACAGCAAUGGUUGUUGAGGGGGCAAAGAAAGAGCCACAACUUAUGAAAUACAAAAUAGGACCAUUGGAAGGGGAUGUAGAAAACAUGAUGAUUUCUCCCUUACUGAAACCCAAUGAGGUGCCAUUCAGUAACCGCCCCUAUGACACUGUAGAGACACGAGAGGUUAUUCUUACAGUGAUGUCCGAACUAUACCGCAUCAAUUCAAUGAUGGAGGAAUGCUUUGAUUCUAGAACUCCCUACAAAGAUAUGAGCGUCAUGCCUAAUGGUCCCUUCAUGCACAACAAUGAGCGCACCAGCCGAUGGACGGCAGGGCUGAGGGGACUCGGAGACAAAGAUUUUGACUUUUUGAACGUUCUUCCACUGAACGGAUUAAUCUAUCAUGGCGGACAAGAUCCAUCAAAAUGGCGAGUGUACGAUAUAUUCUAUUUGAACCAAGGUCCUUUUGAUUCCGUGAAUGAGUUAUACGAAGCGUACAAUUCUUCGCAAUUGGUUGUGGUUCAUUAUCCCGAAGGCACAAGAGAAUGGAUAAAAAGAAACACAUUCCCGAAACGAGAUCUAUAUCAACCAAUUCGCCCACACUCUGGAAGACUCGGCGCAAAUACUGUUGAACCUACAGGACCUCGAUAUCGACUAAAGGGCCACACCAUCUCGUGGCUUGGGUGGGAGUUCUCCGUUACCACAUCUCAGCACAGGGGUCCUGCAGUGUUUAACGUGAAGUUCAAAGGGGAGAGGGUAGUGUACGAAAACGCCCUGAACGAUAUUGGAUUACUGUACUCUGCCGACGGAUCCGGACAAGACAGCAUUUUUUACACCGAUUCUACUUUUGGUUUAGGAGAGUCCAAAACGGCUAUUUCGGACAUUGAUUGCCCUGCUCAUGCCUCCUACAUCAAAAGUGUCAUGUGGAGCCCCACGGCCAUGAGGGGCUCAGAACUUCUGACAAUAUGUAUAUUUGAAGUGGAUGCGCAAGAACCAUUGUAUCGUCAUAAAGGUGAUGACAUUGAAGUGGGCAUGCGCAAUCGAUACUUAGUAGCGAGAUACCCUACCCAACUUGGCAAUUAUGACUACUUAAUUGAUUUUCAGUUCCAUAUGGAUGGUAAAAUCGUGACUACUGCAACGGCUACAGGCUUCAUUCAAGCAUCUUAUUAUUACAUUAAUAGUCAGUUCGUGAACCCCAAUAACCCAGGGCAGACUCCGUUUGGAUACAAAGUUUCCAAUGACAUUAUAGGACCAAUCCACGACCACACGUUUGCUUUCAAAGUAGAUCUCGAUGUUGUAAGUGAAGAAAAUGACUUUCAGCUUAUUCAUUGGAAAUAUGGAAACAUAAUGGACGCACUCAAGACUGUGAAGAAGGAAAAUAUAACAUUUCCAGGUUAUUUCUUCCACAACCAAACCCGGUAUGUUGAAUGGGAGCACGUGAAAAACGAAAGGGCGCUGAACAUCGACUCAAAAAAUCCCAAAUUCUGGACUUUCGUGAACAAUAACAAACUCAAUUCUUGGGGAGUGAGUAGAGGUUACCGCUUGGUGCCUAUGCACUCGGGAACUCAGAAUAUUCAGGAUGACCAUCCGGAGGCUCAGCACCUAUCAUUUACACAACACCACCUAACAGUAACGAAGAGAAAGGAAAACGAACAGUACGUGAAACCAAUCUAUAACCCAGGGAACACGAAAGAUCCCGAGCCUUCCCGAAAGUAUGUGGAAAGCAUGGUGGACGGAGAAUCCAUAGAAAAUACUGAUAUUGUCGCCUGGGUGGCCUUGGGGUUCCUCCAUAUUCCUACCGCAGAAGACGUUCCCAUGACGACUAAAGUCACAUCCGGGUUUACUUUAAAGCCUUUUAACUUUUUUGAUAAGACGGCUGUGUUUGAUAUACCGUCUCAUGCAGUGGGAGUUAAUAAAACAAAGUAUGACGAGGAGCCGGCGGAGCUUCCGUGUCAGUUCAUACCCUACAGCGUGCAAGGAUGAUCUGUGUAAUCAAUGGUGCUCAAACAGCGUGCAAGACUAAUAUCUACAUGUAUAUAAUCAUUGGUGCUCACACAGCGUGCAUCAAGACUGAUGUCUAUGUAACCUUUGGUGCCUAAACAGCGUGCAAGGCGUAUUAGGCUUGUCUGUAUGAUCUUUGGUAAGCACAUAGCGUGCAAGGCGUGUAAGACUGAUAUUUGUGAUAUACUGGUGCUCAUAGAACGCCCAGUAUUGAUUCGUGUACCUGUUUAACUACAUUGUAUAAUUGGUGCUCACCUUUAAGGAUGUAAACAGUAUAAUAUUUCACUGGAUGACAGGAGAGGGAAAUAUCCUCUACAUAAACCCUCAUGUAUCUUUUGUAUGAAAUUUAUAAUUGAAGUACAUAUACAUCUUUUGAAUCUUCAUAUUUUCUUAAUUAAGUGAUGUCUUUUUUAAGUUAGUUCGUAUUGAUUGAAACCAUCUCAAUCGUUGUAAGUUGUUAUCAGUUAGUUUAUCUCGGUUUAAAUUUUUGUUUUGCAAUCGUUCAAGAGUACAUAAUUAACUAUGCAGUUCAAACGACAUGAUAACAUUAAGGAAGAGCCUAACUAAUUCCUACACAAGAUUCAUGCAGCACACAUGCGUCAUUGAACAGGUACAACAUAACAGUUCGCCAUUGUUUGGUUUUGUGGUGUAGCCAAAUAAUGGUAAAACAGUUAUCUGUCUGGCUAAAUUAAAAUUUCAAGGUGAUUGAUGAUUUAUUUAAUCCAUAUGCAGUGCUUAUUUUGUUUGGUAAUUUGUCUUAUAAUGAUCUCAUUAGAUGUUCUGAUUGAAUGUUAUUUAAAAUUGUACUGUUUAUCAUCUCAACUGUAAAAUAAAAAAAUAAACACAUAUGUAUAUAAUGCUUUGGUCUAAACCGUGCAUGUUUCAGACCUUAAAAAACUUUGUGUGUUAAAUUAAACCUACAUCUUACGUCACAAAGCAUUGCAUCCAAAAUAAAACUGAAUAAAAAAUCAUAAUUUCUCAUUUUGUAUAUAAUCCGAGGAUGGGUGAUGAACUGUUGUUGUAUUGGUAUAAUUGCAAACUGACAAGUACUUGAAUAUUUUGGACACAAAAUAAUGCAUAAAUAUAUUUAUACUGUAUAUAAACUUUAAUCGAAACAUUCAACUUUUAGAUAAUUUUAUUUUGCAUUAAACAGGGGGAAAAAGG